GUUUUUGUGUGCGUGUCCACUCCUGCUGACUGGAUCAUUAUUUUACACAAAAUAUCUCCAUAGUGCUGGAGCAGUGCAGACACGGACUUUUGGCAGUACUGUGAAGUGGAACCAGCAUCACCAUGUCUCUUAUCAGAGGUGUGUUUAUCGUGGCUGGCAAGCGCACGCCGUUCGGGACCUAUGGCGGAGUGCUGAAGGACCACAGCGCCACAGACCUGGCUGAGCAUGCGGCGCGGGCUGCUCUGGCAGCAGGUAACGUGGCACCGGAGCUGGUCAACAGCAUCGUCAUGGGCGCCCUCAUUAUGAGCUCUGAAGAUGUCCCCUAUAUUGCGCGGCAUGUUGGUCUCAGGUGUGGUGUACCCCUCCCUGUCCCCGCCCUCACCGUCAACCGCCUGGGUGGCACUGGGUUCCAGACUGUCAUCACCGGAGCUCAGGAGAUCUGUCUGAAGGAGUCGGAGGUGGUUCUGUGUGGGGGGGCGGAGAGCAUGAGUCAUUCGCCCUACUUCUUGCGAAACAUUCGCUUCGGUAGCAAGUUCGGAGCGGAGCUAAAGCUGGAGGACCAGCUGUGGGCAUGUCUCACAGACUUGCAUGUGAAGAUGUCCAUGGGCAUCACGGCGGAGAAUUUGGCAGUGCAGUAUGAGCUGAGCCGCGAGCAGUGUGACACGUACGCACACCAGUCCCACCAGCGCUGGAAGGCAGCGCAUGAGGGCGGCCAUUUUGCGGCGGAGAUAGCACCCAUAGACGUGAAGACAAAGAAGGGCAAGGUUCCCAUGACUCAGGACGAACACCCACGCCCCCAGACCACACUGGAGCAGAUGGCCAAGCUGCCCCCUGUCUUUAAGAAGGGGGGAACGGUGACGGCUGCCAACGCCUCGGGUUUGUCCGACGGGGCUGCAGCCGUGGUGAUAGCCAGUGAGGAUGCAGUGAAGCAGCAUAAGCUCACCCCAUUGGCCAGGAUCGUGGCCUAUCACGUGGCUGGUUGUGAGCCCAGUAUCAUGGGGAUUGGACCUGUUCCAGCCAUCACUGGAGCCCUGAAGAAGGCAGGACUGUCUCUGAAGGACAUGGACCUGAUGGAGGUGAACGAGUCCUUUGCUGCGCAGUACCUGUCCGUUGCCAAGGCACUGGGAUUGGACCCCGCAAAGAGCAACGUGAACGGGGGUGCCAUCUCCCUGGGACACCCCCUGGGGGCGUCUGGAGUGCGCAUCACUGCCCACCUGGCACACGAACUCGGACGCCGAGGCGGGAAAUAUGCCGUGGGGUCGGCCUGCAUCGGGGGAGGUCAGGGCAUCGCCAUCGUCCUGGAGAACGCACACUGAUGAGACCAUCCUACCCGCGUUCCCCACCCUGCGGCACUGAGGGGGCUGUCCGGCCUCUCACAGACACUAAAACCUGACAGACAGCUGAUCCGUGUGAUUGACAACCAACCCCGGCUGUAGCAAGCCGUAGGUUCUUUUUCUUUUGUUGUUUUGUUUUUUACAGGUUUAGGUAAGGAAACGGAAUGUGUCUAACGUCUGCUGUUGCCUUAAAUACUCUGAAAGGGCUAAUACAGGGAGUGCAUUCAUGUGCUUUACAGUAUUUCUUUGUUUAGUGUAUGAUUUCCCAUCCUGCUUUUCUUUUGCCAUCCAUAUUUUCUCGUUCCAGAGACUACCCAAGUAUAGGUCACACAAGCCCACACACUGUGAGACCACUCCACUGGCUGGGUGUUAUUCAUUGUUUGGUUGUUAA